AUGGCAUGGAAAGCUGUACUUUUUUUCCAAAAUGCAGGAUGUAUGUUUUUCGGCGAACUGCUAUGUAUGUUCGCUUAUCUGAUUAGCUUUGCAUACAAGAGAUAUAAAUGGCACAAGAAUAAGAAGCCGGAAGAGGAGAAGCCUAAACUGAGCACAUUCAAUCCAUUCAUUUUCCUGGGACCAGCUGUAUGCGAUAUAAUCUCCACUUCAGUUAUGUAUAUUGGACUCACCUUAACAACAGCUAGCAGCUACCAGAUGUUAAGAGAGAGAGCGAUGUUUUCAAAUCAAACUGCUACCAACUUAGGAGCUCUUAUCGUAUGCACGGGUUUGCUAUCCAUCGUCAUAGUUCAUGCUCGAAUCGAAGGAUAUAAAUGGCUAGGAAUGCUUUCCGUUGUUCUAGGAUUGAUUGUAGUAGGAGUAACCGAUUUUUUCUUUGGAGAUCAUAAGGAUAGCAAUGCCAACCAUAUUAUAGUAGGUGAUGUCCUCUGCGUUGUAGCACAAGUUUUGGUAGCUCUUCAAUUUGUGCUAGAACACAAAUUCCUGCGUAAGUACGAUGUGGAGCCACUGUUCGCAGUUGGACUCGAAGCUGAAAUUUGUAAUCCAAUUGUCUCACUUCGACACCUGUUUAGGCGUUUAUGGAUUAAUUAUGUUGAUUAUAUGCCUGGUACCACUGUACUACAUUCAUGUGUCGGAUAUGUUCUCUAUAAAUCCAGAAGGCCGCCUCGAGGUAACCUAGAUAAGACUAUGAGUCAGCUCUAUCCUGACCCGUGA